AUGGCUGAACGUGGUGGAACUCGAGGUGGAUUUGGCACACGAGGCGGACGUGGUGGUGAAGGUGGUCGUGGUCGUGGUGAAGGAGGUCGCGGUGGUCGCGGUGGUCGUGGCGAAAGUCGUGGUCGUGGUCGUGGUCGUCGUGGUCAACGACAAAAAGACGAUACAAGUAAACAAUGGGUACCUGUCACCAAACUAGGUCGAUUAGUUAAUGAUGCUAAAAUUCGUUCACUCGAAGAAAUCUAUCUAUUUUCAUUACCAAUCAAAGAAGCUGAUAUAAUCGAUCGUCUAUUACCUGAUCUUAGAGAUGAAGUACUUAAAAUUAUGCCCGUACAAAAACAAACUCGUGCUGGUCAACGUACUCGUUUUAAAGCUAUUGUUGUUGUUGGUGAUGGUAAAGGACAUAUUGGACUUGGUGUUAAAUGUUCAAAAGAAGUAGCAACAGCUAUUCGUGGUGCUAUUAUUCUUGCUAAACUUUCCGUUAUACCUGUACGACGAGGUUAUUGGGGUAAUAAAAUUGGUUUACCACAUACAGUUCCAUGCAAAGUAACAGGUUCUUGUGGUAGUGUACUUGUACGUUUAAUUCCAGCACCUCGUGGAACAAGUCUUGUAUGUGCUCCUGUACCAAAGAAACUUCUUCAAAUGGCUGGUAUUCAAGAUUGUUGGACAGCAGCCAAAGGAUGUACCGCCACACUGGGCAAUUUUGCUAAAGCAACAUAUGCUGCAAUGGCAAUGACUUAUUCAUAUUUAACACCUGAUUUAUGGAAAGAAACUGUAUUCACUAAAACACCAUUUCAAGAAUACAGUGAGCAUCUUGCUAAUGCACAAAAGAAAUUAACAGUUGGCAUGGGUGAUAAACAUUAUCAAUAA